AUGAUCUAAACAAAAGAUUUUUUUUUUCGUUAUUCUUCAGAGGUCAGUGUCAAUAGAAUUAAGAUUUUGGACCACACAAUCCGUGCUCUUUAAUCUGUAGAUGAGGUUUCUGUGAAAAAUAGAAAGACAAGAGUUUCAAGAAUCAACCAACCCGGCCUGUUAGUUUUGAAAAUUUUCCUGUUGUGACUUUGAAGAGGUGGAAAAGUAGUUUUGAUCAGGGAAGGCAAAGUUUUGGGGAUUUUACCAUAUGGGUUGUUCCUUGGUGUUGCCACAUUUGUUUCACUGAAGAUUUUUGGCACGUUAGUUGUUGAUGAAUUCAGUACGUUUAUCGGAUUUUUCAGAUUGAUUUUCCUUUAUAAUCUGUGAUCUCGGAAGUGGUCAAAGCUGAUUUGAGGUGUUCAUUUGGCUUAAAUUGAGAAGUGAUUGAUGAAUUGGGUUUCAGUUGUGCUAAUAAGCUGAAUUGUCAUUUAGAGUUGAAGGGUGUUUGGUGAUUCCUAGUUUUGAUUGAUGAAGUUGGCCGUUGGCGUCUUGAACAAUUUGUCAGUUAAAAAGUUUCCAAAAACUACACUGCAGAGUUAAAUUCUGAUUAAAUUUUGUUUUUCUUUUCUUGCUGGAUUUGUAUUGUACUAUUUGAGAAUUUAUGGAAGCUUUGGAGAUUCUGGUAUAUGAAUGAAUUUUUACCAGAUUGUUGCUAGUUAGCCAUCUAUGAUUUUAUUGCUUAACUGAUGGCAGCAAAUUCACCAUCUCCAAAUUCAUCUCCCACUGCUGUGCCACCUCCACCACCCACCACCAACAGUCCACCACCAUCCAACACCAGUCCACCACCGUCUAAUACAAGUCCACCACCUUCUGAGCCCAAUGCAAAUCCACCUGAUCAAUCCACACCUUCUACUCCAUCACGUCCAGCACAGUCACCACUCUUACCACCACCUCCUCAAAAUGCACAUUCACCAGCAUUGAUACCUACACCUUCUCCUCCUCCUCAACAAUCUAAUUCACCUUCCCCUCCACCACCAUCUCCACCUGUAGCCAAUCCACCGACAGGCUCAUCUCCAUCACCACCACCUUCACCAUCCAAUCCAUCAACGAGUUCACCGCCCCCACCACAGCCUGUAUCUAAUGCACCAACGAGUCCACCACCACCAGAAUAUACAACUACACCACCAUCUGUUCCAACAAAAGCUUCGCCUCCACCACAAACACCAUCUGCUCCAGCUAAUAGUUCACACCCGCCCCCUCCACGACCAUCAUCAGUAAAGCCACCAGAAAUUUCUUCCCCGCCACCGCGACGAACUGUUCCAACAAAAGCUCCACCUCCAUCACAAACACCAUCUGCUCCACCUAAUAGUUCACACCCGCCCCCUUCACCACUAUCAUCGGUAAAGCCACCAGAAAAUUCUUCCCCGCCGGCAUCACCAUCAUCCACCCCACCUACAAGUUCAUCCCCUGUACCAGCAGUUCCUCCUAGUAAUGCAGCCCCAUCUUCUAAUCAAACUCGUUCUCCAGCUGCUUCUGGAGGAGCUCCUUCUCCUUCAAAUUCUUCUGCGAAGUCACCAGCACUCCCACCUUUUAUAAGGCUGCCACCACCUCCUCCUCGAACUCCACUCUUACCAACUCUUAAUGAUUCUAGGCCUAGUUCUCCUGAAAAUUCUAAUCCUUCAGGUAGUGGUAGCAUCAAUACCAUAGGUCUUGUGGCUGUUGGAGUGGCUGUAGGACUAAUAGCACUUACUCUCAUUGGACUGGCUGUUUGGUGCCUGAGGAAGCGAAGGAAGGAGCCUUCUGCACUGAAUGAUGUCUAUGUUGUGCCAUCCCCUCUGGCCUCUUCCUCCAGAUCAGAAACAUCUUAUACAAAGUCAACAGCUUCAGCUCCACUUAUAAGAAGUGGUGGUUCUGGGAGCGAGUGGGUGUAUUCGCCUAAAGAGCCAGGUGGAUUGGGCAAUUCAAGGUCAUUAUAUACAUAUGAAGAGUUAGUCAAGGCCACAGAUGGGUUUUCAGCUCAGAAUCUUUUGGGUGAAGGUGGAUUUGGCUCUGUCUACAAAGGGUGCUUACCAGACGGGAGAGAAGUAGCAAUAAAGCAGCUAAAAAUUGGAGGGGGGCAAGGCGAGCGGGAAUUUAAGGCUGAGGUUGAGAUUAUUAGCCGUGUACACCAUCGACAUUUGGUUUCAUUAGUGGGUUACUGCAUUUCUGAGAAUCGAAGACUGCUUAUAUAUGACUAUGUCCCUAAUAAUAACCUUUAUUUCCAUCUUCAUGGAAAAGGUAGACCAGUUCUAGACUGGGCAACACGUGUAAAAAUUGCUGCUGGCGCAGCUCGUGGAAUAGCUUAUCUCCAUGAGGACUGCCAUCCCCGUAUUAUUCACAGAGAUAUCAAGUCAUCGAACAUUCUUUUGGAUAACAACUUUGAAGCUCAAGUUUCAGACUUCGGGCUUGCCAAAUUAUAUCUUGAUGCAGAUACACACAUCACCACACGUGUUAUGGGAACUUUUGGGUACAUGGCCCCUGAAUAUGCAUCAACUGGCAAGUUGACGGAGAAAUCUGACGUCUUCUCGUUUGGAGUUGUGCUUUUGGAGCUAAUUACAGGCAGAAAGCCUGUGGAUACAUCCCAACCGAUGGGAGAUGAGUGUCUGGUUGAAUGGGCAAGGCCAUUGCUAAGUCAUGCUCUUGAAAAUGAGGAAUUUGACGGUUUGGCUGAUCCAAAGCUUGGAAAAGACUAUGUGGAAAGUGAAAUGUUUCGGAUGAUUGAGGCUGCUGCAGCUUGUGUACGACACUUAGCCUCCAAGAGGCCACGUAUGGGACAGGUUGUCAGAGCUUUUGAUGGUUUAGCUACCUCAGAUCUAAACAAUGGAAUGAGAGUUGGUGAAAGUGAGGUUUUUAACUCUGCACAACAAUCUGAAGAAAUUAGAUGGUUUCAAAGGAUGGCAUUUGGUAGUCAAAGUUACAGUACAGAUUUUUUUAGCCAGAGUAGCAGGGAUGGUUAAGAAGAAAGGUAAAUAUUGGUCAGGAGAUGUAUGCACAUCUAAAGCAGGAGGGUUUGCCUUGCAGAAAUGGAUCCAUGUUCAAGUUGGUAUCUUCGCAGUCAUAGCUCAGCUCAGAGCAUGAAACAGAGUAAUGCCUCGGUCUCCUGAAUUGACCUCACUUAUACAUAGAGCUUGAUUUUUCAAACCCUCAACACAUGUAAUUAGGUUAUUUAGCAUCAACAUAUUAGUGCAUUUGUUUGAUCUUGUAAUUACCCCUGACAAAUUUUUCGCACUACACAAUUUUUUUUUGUAUCUUUCUCAACCCCACUCUUAAUUUUCUGUUUCUGUUCAAGUUGAAGGACAAGAAAUCUAAUUUGCAAAUCUUUUUAAA